AUGAUCAACACUCUUGAAGAAGCAUGUGAAAUACGAUGGCAAAGUAGUAGCACUAUAAAUAAAUCUAAAAGUGUAAAUGUUACCGGCAAUAACGCAAAACUUAUUGAUAUUAAUAAUGCAACUCAUUUAGUGGAUUCUAGUUCUGAAACAAAUGACACUGUUCCAUGGAAUAAAUUCUUAGAUAUGCUUAUAGGAGUAUCUUUAGAGCGGUUAGAUAAUAUGAAAUUUAAUUUUGAAAACUAUUACGGUUUAGAUAAAUCUGACAUUGCGUCUAUUGAUAACGUUUUUAACAGCACUGAUUAUGAGUAUGAAUUUUUAUUGCAUCAUCAUUUGAAAAUUAUUAUGAAAGAAAAGAAAUUUAACGGUUCCGAAGAAUUCAUGUUAGAUUUUAUGAAUUUGUCAAAUGAGAUAAUUGAAAAGAUUGUUGAAUACAAUUUGCUUAAAGUCGGAGGAUCGCUGGAUAAACCUACCAAAUGGUAUAAUCAGACCACAAGAGACAAAUUGCUUAGACAGCAAACAAAGUGCAGUAGUGCACUUGUUGAAUUGAUUAUGUGCACUAUAGUAUCAGUAUGCAGAGAGCGAGAAAACUAUUCGGACUAUAUUAUUGAAUGGUUACGGUUUCUUCUAAAUGAAAAAAAUAAUAAAUUGGUUGAAUUAUUCAACACCUUGCCGAUUAUACUAAUUAAGAAUGAGGAACAUAUCAAAACCAGUCCACAGUUACAUAAAAACUUAAAAUUGUUCGUUAAAUCUGACCCGAUAGCACAGAGAGAUAUAUUAGACCUCAUUGAUGAAAUAAUAACAAACCCAGAUUAUCAUAAAAGUAUACCAUAUGAACUUAAAAAAAGUGCUAUAUUGAUAAAUAAGCUAUUCAAAGAGAUUGAUGCUGCAUAUGUUUUAACUGAAGACGAUAUUGAAGAAUUGGAAUCUAUAACUAGAAUGUUAGCUACUUGGAGCAGAUCUGGCCCAGUUAGUAUUAAAAAUAUUUUGGAUAAUAUUGUGGAUAACAUGGUAACUAAUCAAGAAAUGUGGAAAAAGGAUAAUAUCAAUAAACUCAGUAAUGUUUGGGUUGAAAUAAUACGCCUGUGA